AGCCGUAGGAGAAACAUUUGGAAGGAACUGAACGCUCGCCUCUUCUCUUUCAUUAAGUCAUUGUUUACUCGUAAAACAAUCACGUGAAAUACUUGGGUCAGAAGAAGAAGAACUAACCACUCGUGAUAUACAAAAAAUGGCAGCGUUCCUUUAUUUAUUAUCGUGGAUAUCGACUGUGGUUCAUAUAUGCUUAGGAACUCUUGCUCUCGCUGCAGCCUUAUAUUAUUUGGCAGAGUUAGUAGAGGAGUAUACAAGUACAGCUGCAAAAGUGUUACGAUAUUCAAUAUGGGGAACUAUAGGCUUGUACGUGUUACUCUUUCUGUUUGAGAGCUUACCGUCAACUGUGGUCUUCUGCGGUCUCGUCUCCCAGCUGGUACAUCUGUCCAUUUUAAGAACCUUCCCCUAUUUUUUCCUCACGUCAUUGCCCUUCAUUUUAGGUGUUGUUAUGUUUAUCGUCAAUCACUACUUGGCUUUCUCGUUCUUCGCGGCAUAUUAUUACCCAGCAUCAGAGGUUUUGGCAUACUUCACACUUUUUGUCUGGUUGGUUCCCUUUGGAUUCUUCAUCUCACUUUCAGCCAAUGAGAAUGUCUUGCCAACACAUGCUGAGUCCCGGCCAUUACUAUCAAAUGAUGAUGACUUCGUUACUGGCUACUUCAACAAGAAGGGAAAGAGGUACGGCUUGCUCUCCUUCUUCAAUUAUCUCAAAGAAGAGUUCUUCCCGCAGCGAGGAAAGAAAGCCUUCUAGCCCUAGGGAGGAAGGUGACAUCAGGUGCUUUUAUGGGUCGCAGCCUCUUCCAGUCGGACUGUUUCAUCACGCAGUGAAUGCUUGACGAAUUAUACACGUUAUUGUGACCAGGUGUGAAAAUCUUCAGGGCUAAUUGGUGAUGAGCAGGAAAACAGAACUUGUUGAUAGUCCCCUCAGCCAGGAGGCAUUAGAAUAUCACUUGAAGUAAGGAGGUGUUCGUGUUUGAAAGGACUGUGCAGUAAGAAGGAAUGUACCGAUAGUGCACAAUAUGUAUCAUGCAGCCUACAGUUGUUCAAUAGAUUUCAGAAUAUUCAAGCAUCUACUCAUGAUAUUUUACAGCUGGUAGAGCCAGUCAUUCUUGUCUUUUGGGUAACUUAUUGUCAUUACUAUUGCUUAUUUGAAUGUAUGCUUUUCUUGUUUGCAAGCUGAAAUAUACAGAGUAUUCUGGGGGGAUAAAAAACAGUCCAUCUUCUGUAAAUAGGAAAUGUUAAUCUUAUAUCUCACAAUCUUGUAAUGAGAGCUUAUUUAUGACAAUAGAGUUAGAUGAAUAAUUAAUUAUUCUUGAACCAAUAUCUUUUCUUGUAAACCAGGUGUUGCAAGUUUGAAAUGUUUUUUUCUUUCUUUCUUUCUUUCUCUCUUUUUCUUUCUUUUCUUUUCAUUUCCUUUUGAUUUCUUUUCUUUCUUUUUUCUAUUUUUCCUUCCUUAACUUUGCCAUAUUGUGAAAUCACUACCUGUAUGUUAUACACAUUAUGAAAAUAAACUGAUUAUUCGAAAAUUCAGGCAUCAGAUUUUCUAAAUUCACAUCUAUGGUAGUAAAAAGAGAUAAAAAGAAUAAUGAGUGAAAAUUCGUAAUAUUUUAAAAUACUCCUGAGAGAUGUGGACAAGUUGUGUUAUUUGAUAAUUUAAGAAACUGAAAAGUUAUGAUGUUUAGUAAUUAUGUAUUUACUCAUAUCGCAUCAUUUAACCCGCUGGGGCAAAAAAAUUGCUGUUGAGCACUUUUACCAGAGACUGUAUGAGCAUUGCCAGCUAGCGACAGGGAUCAGCACGCAAGUGCAAGAGCGAGUGAUGACAGCGAGAGCCAUAUCUGGUACUAAGCCAGAAUAUUUCAUGACGGGUUAGAGGCAUUUCCGUUGGCAUGGGGUCGUGUGCUGGAAUUCUGGUUUUUGGAAGAAAGUGCACUUCAGUGGGAUGUUCUGAUAUCAUAUUUUCUCUGCCUAUGUUUAGGUUUUGCCAAGUUCCUUCAAGCAAAGUGUAGUGGG